AUGGAAGGGUCAAAUGGGUUGGUGUCCUCAUCGUCUCUGUCAUCAUCGGGAAUAUCUUUUCUGCGAUCUUGGACUUUCUGCUUUGCAUUUGUGGGGACUUUUUUGGGGGCUAUGACAGGAGCCUUCAUAGGGCAAGAAACUGAGAGUGGCUUCAUUCGAGGUGCUGCUGUCGGUGCUAUGUCUGGAGCUGUCUUCUCUAUUGAAGUAUUUGAAUAUUCUCUUAACCUUUGGCGUUCUAAUGAAUCUGGAAUUGAUUGUCUCUUAUACUUGAUUGAUGUUAUUACCAGUUUAAUGAGUGGGAGACUUGUACGUGAAAGGAUAGGUCCAGCCAUGUUGAGUGCUGUCCAAAGUCAAAUAGGUACUGAUGAAAUGAGCUUCUAUGAGUUUCAAAACUUCUAUGAUGUUGGCGAUACAAGAGGUUUACCGGUAGUUUUAGUUGAAAAGAUCCCAACAAUCUCUAUCACAAGUAACGAUAGUUAUGAUACAUCUGGUGAUAGAGUUUCAUGUUCAGUAUGUCUUCAGGAUUUGCAAGUUGGAGAGAGCGUUAGAAGGCUACCCCGUUGUCAUCAUAUGUUUCACCUACCUUGCAUUGAUAAGUGGCUCAUCAAGCAUGGUUCUUGCCCAUUAUGUCGAAGAGAUGUAUAA